AUGGCGGGUAAAAUUUUCAAGAUGGCGGUAAACUCAAGGAGUGGAGAAAUGCAAUUUCCUUGAUAUUUUUACAAUUUAACAUUAUGAUGAGCUACUUACUUCAAUCGCCCCGUGUUUUUCGAAGUCCUUGUCUGAUGUUUUGGUUUAAGAUCGUUAGAAAGUUUUCUAAAAGUGUAACAAAGGUGUUUCCAGAGCUAGAGUUGUUUUCAAACGAUCAAGAAAAGGUAGUGAAUAUUUAAUACACCAUGGUAUAUGGUUCAUUUUGCAUGUCUUGUAUUGGAUAUACGAUAUAAAUGCUCGCUUGUAUUGGAUAUACAAUAUAAAUACUCGCUUUUAUUGCAUCUUUAACAUGUUCAAUGAUUAUUGAACACCAACACGACUGCUCUUGUAAAUAUUACACAUAUAUAAAUUCCUGGAAUUCUACAGCUUGUUUUAGAGCAAAUAAAUGCAAGAAGCCUGGACGAUUUUUGCAGCACUAAAGGUAUUGGGCGAGCUCGUGGAAAGGCAAUUAUUGAACAUCGUGUGAAACAUGGACCAUUUUUGUCUCUCGUGGAUUUGGCUGCCAUUAAAGGCUUUGGCAAGGCAUUUUUUAAAAACUUGCUUGAAUCAGAAGGUGUUUUACCAAUACAACAGAAGAAACAUAAAUUAUCAAACUUGACUUACUUGUUAACAUCCCAACAGAAAAAGGUAUGGUACAAUGGACCUUUCCCCUUAUAACUAAAAUUUUGAUCUAGACAAAAAUUUCAUCACAGCUUGAAAGAGCAUCACAAAAUUAGUAAUAUUCCAAAGUUUCGUUGCGAAAUGUUGUAAAAUGCGGAUAAUAUAGCCUUGCGAAGUUUGCCGUUUUUUAGUCAUUUUGUAUUACAAAUGGGAAAUUGACAUCCCAAUCGGGUGUUGGGGCAUCAAUUUCCCGUUCGUAAUACAAAAUGACUGAAAAUUGCAAAUUUCGCAGGGCUAUAUGAUCCGCAUUUUACAACAUUUCGCAACGAAACUUGGGAAUAUUACUAAUUUUGUGAUGCUCUUUCAAGCUGUGAUGAAAGUUUUGUCUAGACUUGUCUACACCAAAAUUUUAGUUAUAAGGGUAAAGGUCUAUAGCUACUAGGCUUAGGCCCAACAUAGCUACGCCGUUCGUUCAUUUUUAUUUUGAGAUUUAAUUCGCUCUGUUUAGAAUUAGUAUUAUUGUUAUAAUUACGAACAAACAAACAUACAAAUUUGAAAUAAACAAGAAUUAUUUAAUUAUUAGUAAAUUACAUAGGUGAUUAUUGAAAAUUCUCCACGCUGAUUGGUUGUCGUUGAGGCACAGAAUAAAGCACACAGAAGGGGCACCCUGGCCGCCAUCUUCCUAGCCAGUCGAUUACAUUUUCUGGCCAAUAAACGCGCUGUAUUGGCUGGCCGCCAUCUUCCUGGCCAGUCAAUUGCAUAUUUUUGCAUAGAAAAAUGGUGACACGUUGCACCGCUGAGUUGCCCUUCUGGUACUGAUCUUUAUUCUGUGGUUGAGGUGCCAUUUUCAAAAUGGCGGCCGAAGUCGUUUUGUCAAUUAAUUUUCCAAAUCAGAUCACCUAUCAAAUUAUACUAAAACAAUUAUUCACCUCAGUCUCGGUGAUUAUCGUGAAUAAAAACCUCGACUUUGUCUCGGUUUUUAUUCACCGAUAAUCACCUCGCCCGUUCGGCGAAUAAUUGUUAAUUAUUUAAAUUUGUUUAAUCGCGGUAGCCUUUUAGUUGAAAAUAUCUGGUUUUCAAAGAGUUUUGAAUCUAUUUACAUCUCAAACUCAUUAUUAAUUCUUAUGAAAAAAUUCUCAUAAAUUUACUCAACUAUCGCUCUGAAUUUCUCUUUGAAGAAAUGAAUUGUUGCGGUUACUUCGUUUGAGAGGUAAAUGGUAAUACAACAAACUCAAAGCUGUUUUUUACCGACUUAUAAAACACCUCAAAGUAUGUGAAAAAUGUAGACUAGCGCCUCAUUUUCCAACACACUUUUCGGUAUUUUAUACACCGUCACCGGUGAUAAACUAUUUCUCGUUUAUUACAUAUUGCAUGAUGUAAUACCAUAUCUAUCACACAAUAAUACAACUAAUGUACAUUAUCUAACGAACAUAUGUUUACCAUUAAACAGCGAGAGCCUGAUACUCAGGUUACAUUAAACAUGGAUAACAUACAAAUUUAUUUGCCAUUUGUCUGUAGACAUAAGUCAUAACAUAUAAAUUACGACACUUCUCACAAAGAGUUAGCCUUAGGGGCUGAUUACGUAAUUUUAAUUUCGCCGUACUGAUGUAUUGAAGCAUGGAAAGAUUAAACCCACGUGUUAAAUACUUGAAUUGUUUUGACAAACCACAACUCACAAGUACAACAUUCCCAACAGGUACAGUUAGCCUAAUUUUAACAAAUCAUGCUCGAAAUAUCAUUCUUUUUAUGUAUUGUGUACAAUUCUGGAAUCCGCGUGUUUAUUUCUCGAAUUAUCUCUUCGCAGACGAUAUCUAGCCUGGUCUCGAUAGAUAUAGGCCUAAGCAAUGCCGCGUAUGUUCAUAUCGAUCGAAAGAAGCGUAUUCUUGAUUGGAAAAGAAUUUCUGUGCCUGUUGCCCGGCCUUAUAAUCCUGUAAACUGUAAAAAAUCUGUAAGUAUCGGAAUGUAUCGAGAGUGUGUUGGUUAUACAGGGUGAGUAAAAAAAACUGACACCUUUGUUAUUCAAAUUAGCCGCGAAGGUAUCAGUUUUUUUUUACUCACCCUGUAGUAUUUAUACGUUGUUAACAUUUAUUCUGCAUGCUUUUCAACAUAUUUAUUACAGGAUAAUCAUUUCAGAUGUAAAACUAUGGUACUUAAUGUGAGAUUUAGCGUGUAUUCUGUGCUUCAGGUAUGCCAAGUUGUAUCAAGCCUACCAAAUGCUGAAUUAUACAUCAUUGAACUACAAAGUCACCGAGCAUCCCGUGUGGAUCCAGUAAUGUUCCCAUUUGUCCUCCACCUCAGGAUAGUCGAAGCGAUGUUCCAUUGUCUACUCCAAAAUAAACUAGUUUUUGACAUGAACCCUUCGGUGACGGCCAGAUAUUUUGGCCUCCCUACUGGACAAGGAAAGAAAAAAGCUGCUGUUAAUUUAAUAUCGUUUAUGAUUCGGAAAACGGAGAAUAUGCAGUUAUUUGAGGAGUCGCCUAACGCGUUUUUUGAGAAAGCGACAAGCAUGCAAGGAAGCAAGGAAACUGUGGGCUCGAUUCUGGCAACGUCUUCAAUGCCAAAGCACAUGUUAGAUAUGAAAUGGCAAGCUGAUAUACCAGACGAGAUUUUGGAGUAUUUUAUGUCGGAAAAAAAGAAGGACGAUCUCAGUGAUUGUCUUCUCCAAGCUUUAGCAUUUUUAGAUCUUGCUUUUCAAGAAUAG